GUCCAUGCCUGGUCGCUGGAUAAAAUCCUUUCCAACGACUAAUCGGGAUAGUGAUACCUAGGGCGCCGAUUCCCUACUGAGCUUUUUCAGGGCAAUACUACACUGUGUAACUGGACGUAACUGCAACAGUUAUUAUAUAUAGUUAUUAAGCAUAAUUAAUAUAUUAUUAUGCGAAACAACGUUUCAUUUGCCGAUAUCGCAGUAGAAUACAAGGGAAAUAAUUCUAGUUAAGCUACCUGAAAGAUUUUAACAGCUCAAAAUGGCAAUCGUAGAUCCUUCUACUAUUUAUAUUGUGACAGCUGGAGUACUUUUAUUAAUUAUUUGUAUUGUUUCACUUAUAUCUAAAUUCUCUUCUUCCUCCACUAAAGCAACAACACAAAGACAACCUGGUGCUGCCCUACCUCAGGCAGCAAAUGACAGACGUGCCGGACCAGCUCGAGUUAGACGACGUGUGGGAAGGCCAUCAAGAAAUGCAGGAUAUGAGGAUUCAAGUGAAGAUGAUGAUGAAGACCUACCAGAAAUUGAACCUCCUGAAGGAAAAAUUGGUGCUAAAAAAAUGAAGAAACUUCAAGAAAAGGCUGAAAGAAAAGCAAUGCGUGAACAAGAAGAAAGAGAGAGAGAAGACAAGAAGAAGAGAGAAAAAGAACUUGAAGCACAAAGGAAAAAGCAAGAGGAAAUAGAUAAACAAGAAGCUGCAAUCAGAGAAGAAGAAGAAAAGCAAAGGAAAGCUGAGCAGGAGGCCAGGGAGCAUGAAGAGUAUCUGAAGAUGAAAGAAAUGUUUUCUGUAGAGGAGGAAGGAGAAGCUGACCUCACAGCAGAUCUAAAUAGUGAAUCUCUCUUGGGUCAGUUUAUCAAUUAUAUUAAGGAAACCAAAGUUGUUAUGCUGGAAGACCUGGCAGGUUAUUUUAAACUCAAUGUUCAGGAUGUAAUACAGAGAGUGCAGGACCUGCAGACAGAAGGUCGCCUGACUGGGGUCAUUGACGACAGAGGAAAGUUCAUCUACAUCACAAUGGAAGAAUUGGAAGCAGUCGCACGCUACAUAAGACAGAAUGGCAGAGUGUCCAUUACCGAUCUUGCAGCAUCCAGUAACAGACUCAUUAACCUUGACCCUGACACAUCAUCACUAGCUCUUAAAAUGGUAGCUGAAGUUGACCAAAUGGUUUCUAUGGAGGAAGUUAGCGUUCAUUAAAAUUAUUUAUUCACAUUAGAAACUUUGUAAAAAAUUGUUUUAACAUUUAUUUGUUGUUUUAUUAAAAUACAAUACUUUUUGCUGUAAAUUGAAAAAAGUAUGCUUUAUAAUCAAACAAACAAAAGUAUAUUAUUGGUUGUUACCAUUAUACUUAAGACUGAUAAAGUUGCAUUCUAUUUAUAAUGUCAAGAUGGCCUAGGGAACUGUACAGGAAGUCAGUUAUACUUUUCUACAUUAAUAAAUGAAUGUACUCAACAACUGUGUUAUCAGAGGACUACAUAAUUUAGAUUUUACAUCGUCAGGUGCAGCAAAAUAUUUUCCUCUUGAAGGUUUAUUCUGGUGCAAUGUUGGUGGUUGUCUGGUAACAUUAACAUUUUAAAGUACUCUUGGCAAUGUUUGAAUAAAUAAUCGUUUUGGUCUAAUGCUGACUAAAUGUGAACAUACAUUCUACUUAAACUUGGUGUAUAUACAAAUUAUGAAGGGGCAUCUUCAUUUAACUAACUCCUUGGUUUAGCAGUAAUUACUUCACAUUUCAUCAACAAAAUAUGUGGAUUAAUCAUAAUUCAAAAUCUAAUUGUGAUGAGUCUGAACUUUUCCUCAUAUUGUCUCCCCUGACUUGGUGUGAUGCAGUUGGAACUAGAAAGGGGAGUGAAAUUGAAUUUUAAAAUAAAGUAUGUAGAUCUAUCUCAUGGAA